AUGUACGAAGGGAUUGACAACUUGAAAUCCCUUUACGACCGUGCCGGGAAGACUUUCUCCGGCGGUCCUUCUGCGGCACAGGACGUGCCGCGUCGUACUGCUCAACCAGACCCAGUACGUCGAUCAUCAGUUGGGAGCGGGGCUCCCAAGAAUCCCAGGACGGGGGAUAGCCGCGCCACCGGACGAGAUAACUCGUCCGACGUCCGUUCACGUCGCGGUGGUUCAACAGCUGCUCAACUAGAUAGCGCUGGCGACCGCGAGAGUCCUCUAAUGGAGGUGGAGGAGGAGGAAAGACGCUCUCCACACGAUCAUGUGAAUCGGUGUGUUCCCGAGAGCUUCUUUGAUCGCGUAGCGCAAGAGUUACGCGACGAUCUCGAACAUGAGCGGAAUAGGCGUAUCCAAAUGGCGGACACUGCCUCGAAGCAUCGAGCUGAGUUUGCCUUUGCUCAGCUUGAGAACGAAAGAUCUCUGACAUCUCUUCGUGACGAGCUAAGGGUAGCUCGUGGGAUUGUUGAUCGGUCUCGGGAUGAGAUAGCUGCUCUUCAGACCCUUGUUGAUGCCCACCAUCGGGAGCACAAGGCUCUCUGCGAGAUGCUUGAGCGCAAAGGCGUUCUUCAUCGGAAGAAGCAGCGUACUGAUGGUACGGCUUAA